AUGUCGAACGAAUCACCACUACCUCAACCGGUGAAGAACGUGGUUGUUGACACUGCUUCUCUUCCCGCAUCUUCAUCGGCGUCAGUCUGGGAUCGUGUCUCGAAAUGGGUGUCUGAGAAUAAGGCUCUUGUUUAUACCAUUGCUGGUGUCGCUGUGGUCGUGACCAGUGCAGGUGUUGUCUACUAUCUCUCCGACUCGAGCCGGCCGGCUCAAGCUCCUCAGCCUACAGAAAAGAAGAAGAGCAAGAACCAGCGACGCAAGGAGAAGGAAAAGGAGAAGAAGAAAGCCGAAGAGAAAGAGAAGGCCAAGGCUGCUGCUGUUCAGGACGAGAAGAAGAAGGCCGAAGAAGCUCCUGAAGAACUCCCCGAAGUUGACGAAGCUACUGUCGGACAGCUAUCGGAAGAGACACGAAAAGCCUAUGCUGCGAAGCUGAAGGCUGCCGGUAACAAGGCUUACGGCUCUAAGGACUACAACAAGGCGAUCGAACUUUACGGAAAAGCUAUCCUUUGUAAACCUGACCCUGUCUUCUACUCGAACCGCGCUGCCUGCUACAAUGUCCUGUCCGAAUGGGAGAAGGUUGUCGAAGACACCACUGCUGCCCUUGCCAUGGAUAGCGAGUAUGUCAAGGCCUUGAACCGGAGAGCUAUUGCGUAUGAACACCUAGAGAAGUUCAGCGAGGCCCUUCUCGACUUCACUGCCAGCUGCAUCAUCGACGGCUUCUCCAACGAGGUCAGCCGUGUCGCUCUUGAGAGACUCUUGAAGAAGGUUGCGGAGCAAAAGGGUAAGGCGAUCUUGGAAGCUAAGGGAAAGAAGCUCCCUAGCCCGACCUUCGUGUCCAACUACCUUCAGAGCUUCCGUCCCAAGCCCCUCCCAGAGGGCCUCGCUGAAUCCGUUGACUUGAGCGAGGAUUCUGGCAAGGGCCAGUUGCGCAAGGGUCUGCUCGCAAUGGCACUGAAGACCGGUGAUGGCUAUGACGAGGCUGCCACGGCCUUCGAAAAGGCUCUGGAGCUUGGCGACCUUGGUGAAUUCGAAGCCCUUGCCCUCAAUUUGAGAGCCACUUUCACUUACCUCGAGGGCAAUGCCCAGGCUGCCCUGGCGGACCUCAACAAGAGCGUUGAACUGCAGCCAUCUCUGGUUCAGAGCUACAUCAAACGUGCUAGUCUGCACCUUGAACUUGGAAACAAGGAUGCCGCUGCGGACGACUUUGAACUCGCUAUCUCCCACAACAAGGACGACGCUGAUAUCUACUACCACCGCGCCCAGCUUCACUUCAUCCUCGGCGAAUUUGCCGAAGCCGCUAAGGACUACCAGAAGUCCAUCGACCUUGACCGUACCUUCAUCUACUCUCACAUCCAGCUGGGUGUAACACAAUACAAGAUGGGAUCUGUCGCAUCCGCCAUGGCCACUUUCAGAAGAUCCGUGAAGAACUUCGAGGAUGUGCCGGAUGUCUACAACUACUAUGGUGAACUUCUCCUUGACCAGCAGAAUUUCUCCGAGGCCAUUGAGAAGUUCGAUAAGGCCGUGGAGAUGGAGAAGCAGAGCAAGCCCAUGGGAAUUAACGUUCUGCCCCUCAUCAACAAGGCGCUCGCUCUGUUCCAGUGGAAGCAUGACUUCCAAGAAGCCGAGAAUCUGUGCCAGAAAGCUUUGAUCAUUGACCCUGAAUGUGACAUCGCUGUGGGAACUAUGGCACAGCUCCUUCUGCAGCAGGGCAAGGUCUCACAGGCUCUCAAGUACUUCGAAAGGGCCGCGGAGCUGGCUCGUACCGAAGCUGAGAUUAUCAACGCUAUCUCAUACGCCGAGGCAACCCGGACACAGCUCGAAGUGCAAGAGAAAUACCCUCAGCUCGCUGCACGCCUGCAGACUAUGGGUGCUGGCCUCGGUGGCCCCCCGGGUCUGUAA